AUGUCAAGACGUUUUUUCGGCAAGUUCUCGUGCUUUCUCGCGAGCUCGACGUUCUGCUAUCCGUUUUUCCGUUUGCUUUUCUUGAGCUAUUUGAAUGAACAGCACUCCCCAGAUCACGGACCAGACGAAUCCGACAAUAAUAGGGCAUGUGAGUAACUGAAGGAAUGCAGCAAGAAGAUUCGUACCAAAAGAGUUCCAUCGCGAUUCAGAACGCGGAUCAGAACAGCACCAUAUGGAAAAGGCAGAUAUUGA